AUAUAUAUUGUAGUUAGUUAAUCUGUGGUAGUUACACUAUAGUGGAAUAUGAUUGUAGAGUAGUUCGGUGCAAUUACCACAAACAGUAAUCAAUCCCCAGAGAAACUUUCCGUUCGCAAUAUUACCGGUGGGGGAUACAGAUUAAGGGUGAGCUCAUUAAUUUGUCAACGGUCUUAUAUUAAUACUAUUGGCUUAAGGAGUGGUUGGAAGUUGAAGGUACUGUGGGGCUGAUUGUUGCUCAUUGGUGGCUGUAAUUCUGGAUUAACUAACUAACUAACUAUUACAUAAACUUAUCUCAUUUUACUUUCCCCAGUUUAGUUUAAAUUUCAAAAUUUAAUGUGGUGGAGAAGCUUAGAUCUUACCUGUACGGCUUAACUAUUUCAUCUAACAGUAAAAUUACCUUUACCGUUUCUUUGUUUCUUUCUCUUGUUUAACUGUUUGUGAUUUAUUACUUAUUGUUUGUUGCAUAUUAUGAGCAAUUUCAAUCAUACAGAAGCUCAUCAAAGUCAAACUGAAUCACUCUUGAAUGAUGCACCCACUGAACAAGUUAAUUCCACAGCAUCUCCAUCUCCUCCACCUAUUCUUAAGAAAUCUCCUUCUAUAAACUCUAUGAGUACUGAUAGUUAUACUACAGUAUUUGAAGAUGAGUUAAUAUUUAUAGAUACAUCUAAUUGGAGAUAUAGUGGAUUACUUAAAGCUCAAAUCCUCUCAUGUUAUGGAGUAUUUUUACUCUUUGGUUUAGCAGAUCAAACUUUAGGUACAUUAAUUCCUCUAUUACAAGCCGAUUAUAAUAUAGGAGAUAUUGCAAUUUCUUUAGUAUUUCUAAGUAUGGUAAGUGGCUAUUUUAUUACAGCUUUACUUAAUGAAUUUAGUCAUAAACUAUUAGGAGUUAAGGGAGUAGUUAUAUUAGGAGCUAUAACAAUGACAUUUUCAUAUUUAAUAGUUCUGACAAGACCUCCUUAUAUAAUCUUUGUUAUAAGUUAUUUAAUUACUGGUAUUGGAUUUGGAUCACUUGAUGCAGCCAUGAAUAGUUGGAUGGGGAAUUUAGUUGAUUCUAAUCAAAUCUUAGGAAUACUUCAUGGAUUUUAUGGAAUAGGUUGUAUGAUAUCUCCACCAUUAAUUACAUAUCUUGUGGAGAAACCUAUUAAUCCUAUUGAAUGGAAUCAAUAUUAUAUUUUAUUAUGUUUAGUAGGAUGCUCAUGUGUAGUAGGAUUAGUAUUUAGUUUCCAAUAUGAGACUGCCAAGAAGUAUAAGUAUGUAAAUAUUCAAAAAAAUCUUAAUCUUCGACAUUUACCAGUGGCUAAUGAUGGAAUUAAACUUCAUGAUUUUAAUAUUGAAAUUAAUGAUGAAGAUACUGAUACAUCAUCAAAUUCGGAAGAUAGUUCUGUACCACUUGGAGCAACAUUAAAAUCUCGACUUGUUUGGAUAUUUGCUACAAUACUUUUCCUUUAUGUUGGAGGAGAAGUUGCCUUUGGAUCAUGGAUGAUUACUUUUUUAUUAAGAAUUCGAAAACUUAGUUAUAAACAAUCAUCAUAUAUUGCUACUACAUUUUGGACAGGAUUAACUGUUGGUAGAAUUAUAUUAGGAUUUGUUACAGCUCAUUAUUUUAAUACAGAACUUGAAGCUAAUUUUGUAUAUUUAAUUUUAUCAACAGGAGGAUAUUUAUUAUUCUAUCUUUUAUCAUUAAUUACUAAAUUACCAUCAAUAUUGUUAUUUUUAGUGGCAUUCUUUAUUGGAACAUUUGUUGGACCAAUAUUUCCUACUACAAUAGUUAGUGCAAUAAAGAUUUUACCAUCAAAAUUUCAUACAUCAGGUAUUGGAUUUAUAUGUGCAUUUGGUGGAGGUGGAGCUGCAGGUAUACCAUUUCUUAUUGGACUUAUAGCUGAAUCAAAUGAAUUUGGUUUAAAAAUCUUACCACUUAUAGUAACUAUUAUAUUUACAAUAUUAGUAUUUGUUUGGUUUGCACUUAUGCUUAAAUAUAAACGAGUUUAUGGUAAGAAUGUUAUAUAGAUUUAUAGAAAUAA